GUGGGCACUGACGUACUUAUCUUCACAGACUCGAACUCAACUCUCGAUACUCUUAAAGGACAGGAAGUAUGGUCCAGACGUCUGCUAAAGUUCCUUGCGUGCUUAGAGCAAGAGAAAAAGAAUAGAACUGAUCAACAGCAUAGCUGUGUGGCUGUGUUGCUCUAACAACCAAAUAGAUGAAGUCUGAGGAAGGAGUUAGCAGGUCAACGGAAGACCAAAAUGUUUUUCAAGGCAUUGUUUACGAAAUGUUUAUCUUUUCUUUAUUUAUCUAGACAUUCUAUAUCAAUGCUAAUCUAGACAUUCUUUGUUUCUGUAGACAUUCUAUGUAAAAUGUUUAUCUAGACAUUCUUUUAUUCAAGUAAGUCUAGACAUUCUUUGUGAAAUGUUUUUCAAGAAAUGACAUAAUCAAAUGUUCAACUUUCCGGUCACCCGAUACUAAUUACAUUUCACGAGUCUGUGGUAUUAUCGAUUACAGCUACGGUUAAUGAUACUGUCAAUAGCACCGAAUAAUGCGUUAAUUUAUAGCAUCGAGGGUAUAUAUAAAAUAUAGGCAGACGGUAAGAAUACAAGUUACCAGCUCAAGAAACAUCUCUCUGGAACUUGAUUCAUUUACAUUUUUUGGGUUAAAAUUCAAUACGAAAAAUGUUAUUUUUAGCCCUAACGAAUUUGAUUUUCAGCAUUUUGACAACUGAACUCGCUUCAUUGCAAGUGAAUGGCACUAUCAAGAUGGAGAACACGACGGGCUGGUCAUCUGUGUCCAGUGGUGACGUCGUCUUGUUUACUUUCACCAGCAAGAUAGACCUAACAUACGACAGUGAGAACUUUUUGAUCCUCAUUGAUGGCGACACUGUGGAGUUCUACAACGACACAUCCAUUGAAAGUGUGGAUUGGACUCUGUCCGGUGAAGAUGGCAGUACAACAAUCACACAAAACACAACCACAGUGCCUUUUGAAGAACACCUGAAACCAAUGUCUAUAAUUGAUGAUGUCCAGCCAGUCUUCAUUCUUAAUUUUACACUUGGCAUUAAAUCGGGGAUGUGGUCACUCACAGGAAAACAUAGGAUGACCAUCAAAGAUGAUGUCAGUCCAGGGAGUCUCGUGCGGUGCGUCAUGACUUUCCUGUCAUCCAGCAGUCCUUACAAUGUGACUUCCAGGACCCUGACAUCCAAUUACCAGGUGGUGCCACACGCUGAAGUCACUGUGGAGAACAGGUCGGCACUCACACAGCCUAUCAUGGGUAUCUUUUCCACCUAUGUUACUCUGAACUCUGGGCGUGACCUUAUCGGCAGCACCGUGGAGUGCUUCACCCCACCUGAGAUGUCAUCCAAAGAGGUCAGACUGACCGUGCAACUAAUAUCGGUUAUUAUCAACAGUACAUUUGGGGUGACAAGCAACACUCUGGAAAUGUUGGAUUCCUUGACCGGCUCCAAGAUCUCGUCUCUCUCCUCCUAUCAAAACAACAUUGGUAUCCUAGAACUGCCCCCUGUCCCGAUGUCCAACAACUCCAACCAACUUGUCUUGACCUCAAUGUUCAGUGUCCGAGUUGAGGACUACAGCCAGCUUCAGAAUGGCGACCAUUGGCCAAUUAGCAUGGGCGUGUCCUUUAACGACAACGUAAUGUGGGUCUCGGAAGUAGAUGUGAGUAUUGACGCCCCUGAAAUAAGAUUGCCAUCGUUAGCGGUCAGCAUUCAACAGCUCGGACAAUGUGCGUAUGAUAGCAGCACUACAGCCACUGUGCAGGUUGUAGUCUAUCAUUCCUCUCUGUCUACUGCCACGGCGUACAACGUCACAGUGAACGUCUAUUUACCAGACAACAUGCUCAUGAAAACACAAACCUAUACGGAGCCACGAGAAAAUAGUAUUACAGUAGCACAGUCAGAAACUGUAGUGACUGCUGAGAUUACAAGGUUGACCUUUAGUGACCCAUUUGUACUUAAGAUGACCCUUAACCUUGACCUGUCAGCUCUUGAGGUCCUGGAGGCGUCAAAUCGCAUCAUAACCGCUGAAACCAUUUACAACGACCGGUGGAACAAUGUGACGGACCUUAUGGCCAAUACGGCCUAUCUCUCUGUGCAGGCCAAUAAAAUAUGUUCCAAACCGGUCACUUGGACCAACUCUAGCACUUGUCAGUGUAGCCACAACUCCACUCUUUACAACUGUGGAUGCUGUCUUCGGGGCGCCUGUCCCUGCGGGGAAAUCCGCCCAUCUGCCUGUUCUCCUUGCGAUGAGAUGUGGCGUUGUGUUCCUUACAAAAAAGAAUUUGAGAAAGUUUCAUUUUUAUCCAACAACACACUGUGUGAUGCAUUCAACAGAAGAAGAGGCGGCGCUUCUGGGGUAUCUUGUCAUACAAUUUUGUCGACCAAUCCACUCAGAUAUUUAGAGAUAAGCCCCAGAGUAAGUGUGAUCACGGGAAGUGACAUCAUAACUGGUAAUCUUCUCGGUGUCGCCAACAAUGGACUAGCUUACGUCAUUAGCCAGGACUUAGGCGUCACGUGGUCUUCCAUAUUGGAUCAGGAUUAUCAACAAAUAACAAAGAACGAAAGCUUUGUUUGGGCAAGUUUCUCGUGAUCAUUACAUACAGCCACGAAAUAGUUCAGCUGAUCUGGGAAAGGGAAGUAAUUUGUUUCUAAAGAUUUGUGCGAGAUACCACUGGAGAUUUAGUUUGAAACAAAUACAAAUUGUAAAACGUU